AUGGCGAUGCGCAGAAUCACCUCAGUGUUUUUACGGACAUUGACUAGACCUGCGAUCGCGAAUCGCCGGAUAUUUGUGUCGCGUAUUACCGAAAAUACAUCAAGAACUUUUCUCACUACCAGCCGGUUUUAUGCGGAGAAAAGUGAAGUCGGCCGGCUGGAACGAACUCUGAAACUAGAGUUUACGUGCAAAAUUUGCAGCGAGAGAGUGUCAAAAUUUAUCUCCAAGCUGGCCUAUGACAGAGGAAUCGUGAUCGUCAAAUGCCCGGGCUGUGAGAAUUUGCAUCUCAUUGCUGACCGGCUUUGUUGGUUCAAACAUCUCGAAGGAAGAGACAUAGAGGAGUUCUUGAAAGAGCGAGGAGAGGAAAUAAGGAGAUCAUUGCCGACCGAGGAAGUAGUGAUUCAUCGGGCAAUGGCAGUUGACGCAAUGCAGUGCGGAGUGCUUUUUCUCGACGACACGACUUCCACAUUCGCACUUCCGAAGAAAGCCCGCGGCCAGGCGUUAUUGGAUCUCGUUUUUCGGCAUUUAGAUCUCGUGGAAAGGGACUAUUUCGGGUUGAAAAUUUGCAAGUUGUCGGAAAAAUCGGAUGCUGGGCUCCGAUGGCUGGAUCCGAGGAAGAUUAUUCGCAAACAGAUCCCAGAAGGAGAUCCACUGGAAUUUCACUUCAGAGUGAAGUUUUUCGUCGACGACCCGCGCACGCAGCUGCAGGAAGAAUACACUCGUUACCUGUACGUUCUUCAACUGCAAAAAGAAAUCCAUAACGGGUCGUUGCCGUGUCCAACGAGCGUAGCUGCGAAUCUCACGGCUUGCGCCCGACAAUCGGAACUUGGAGAUGCCCCUUUGAUUGAUGAAAGUCCGGUCACCAGUCUUCAGCUCAUCCCCGAUCAAAACACGGACGUGGACCGUGUUGCUGUAGAACUCCAUGAAACCAUGCGAGGCUUGACCCCCGCGGAAGCUGAGCUCAAAUUCCUCGACCAGGCCAAAGAGUUGGACUUGUACGGAGUGGAGUUCCACGAUGCCUGGGAUUGGGAUCGGAAUCCGGUCCAAAUGGGAGUCGCCUCCAAGGGCCUGUAUCUCUAUAAGAAUUCCAAAAGGCAGAGCUUUUAUUCCUGGGAGUCCAUCAUGAAGCUUUGUUUCAAGCAACGGGAGUUCUUCAUUGAGCUGUCUCGUGAUGAAGUGGUUUUCACGUUGACUUGUUACAGGUCGUGUAAAGACCUGUGGAAGAGCUGCGUGGAGCAUCACACGUUUUUCCGGUCCUUGCGUGAACUCAAUCCGGAUCCCGUAAAAGAAGCGUCCGUGCCACGAGUCCUUUUCCAUCCCUCGCUGCGUCGCCUGCCUUUCAUGUCCGGUUCCAAGUUCCGGUACACGGGGAAAACCGCGUUGCAAGCCUUCGAGGAAUCCCGAAGCCGGGCCCGGAACGACAAGGCGUUUGUGCGGUCUUUCAGCAAGUACGUGGUGAAGCGCAACGGAGCCCUGCGUUGUCUCGCCCAAGAAACUCCGCAAGUCUCUGCCGGUUCCCCCGAUGCGCAAGGAAGGUUCGGAUUCAACGUCAAGGGCGGCGUCGAUAAAACCAUGCCGGUGAUAGUUACCCGAGUUGCUCCGAAUACUCCUGCCGACAAAUGCUAUCCCAGGCUAAACGAAGGCGAUCAAGUCAUGCUCAUCAAUCAACAAGAUGUUUCCAACCUAACACACCGCCAAGUGGUGGACUGCAUUCGUGCAGCGAUGAACUGCAAAUCACACGCAUUAGUGCUCACUGUUAAACCCAACGUGUACAUUGGGGAGGACGUGGAAGAACCUGCAUUCCAGUACGUUCCCGAAGCUCACAAAUCUCCGGUUACUCCGUCCGGUUCAGCGUUGGCUCAGUCGAUGAUGUUGCUCACGGAAGCCAUUGAGACUGGCUUGUUAACGACUCAAUUUGAAGCUGUUUUUCGGUGCAAGCCGGAACUGAGCAUGGCGGAUUGCCGAAAGCCGGAGAACAUCCACAAGAAUCGCUACAAGGAUAUCUUACCCUAUGAUACCACGCGGGUCGUUUUGAAAUCCGCCAAUUCUGGUGAUUACAUCAACGCGAAUUACGUGGACAUGGAAAUUGCGGGGACGGACAAGGUGAACCGGUUCAUCGCUGCUCAAGGUCCUCUCGCUUCCACGUGCGUUGAUUUUUGGCUCAUGGCCUGGGAGACCAAGUCUCCGUUAGUCGUGAUGCUCACAACAGUGUUGGAAGGCGGGCGAACCAAGUGCCAUCCGUAUUGGCCAGCGAAAAAUCAAAGUCAGCUCUAUGACGGUUUCAGUGUCACGUGUUCCGAAGAGUCCACUGAGGGCUGUUUGACCAUUCGGCAAUUCUCCAUCAAGCACGAAGACGACGCUGAAAUUGUGCACGAGGUGACGCAGUUGCAGUAUAACACGUGGCCGGAUCACGGAGUCCCGGCACAUUGCGACGAAUUUGUUAGCUUUGUUCGUAAGAUCCGAGAAUUACGAGGGGAUUCCGAAGAGCCAGUGAUCGUGCACUGCUCGGCCGGGAUUGGAAGGACUGGUGUGUUGAUCCUCAUGGACACGGCCAUUUCGUUAAUCGAGGCCAAUCAACCGGUUUACCCAUUGGACAUGGUGCAGACGAUGCGAAGCCAGCGGGCCAUGAUGAUUCAGACUUCUAGUCAAUACAAGUUCGUGUGCAAAGCUGUGGUCAAGGUGUAUAAAGAGAGCCUUGCUCAAUCUUCCAGCAGUGUUGUGGAAACUUGA